AUGCAGGUUCCUACUCAGGUGAUCAACAUCGUCGAGGUCAUCCAGAAGGAGAAACAAAUCCUGACUGCGCGUCUUAAUGCUGCCACCAAGGCACUCGCUACUGCCAUUGAAGCCCUGGAGAAGGAGAAGCACGAGCGCAUCAGGGCUGAGGCGAGCAAACCCAAGAUUGGGCUUGUGCCACCUCCGUACAGUAGCUGCAAUCCUAUUGCCUGCUAUAGAGAGUACAUUGAGACCGAUUCGAUUGCCACCAAUAUCACCUCUCAACGCAUAUUCGGAGAGUCCAAGGACUUGCGUGAUCGCUUGGAGAACAAGAAAUCAUAUUUGUAUCCCGUCCACUCGCCCACCCACAACGCCUGGGAUACGGAGAGGGACAAUUCGAUCGUUAGUGCCACCAGAACCACCUUGAAGCAUAUCCGUGUAAAGUCUGAGAGCUCCUUUGGUGGCUUGGAGAGCACGAAGUCAUCUGGUUCUUCCUUUAAUGUGGAGACCAGUAGUAUCCCCGGCUCAUCCUUUGGAUCUGGCAACAUGAAGAAGAAGGAGCUUGUGAUUGGGCGGGUGCUCUUUGACGACAAUUUAUCUGCAUUCAAGGAGUCCCUGAUGAAUGAACUCGAGAACGAACGCCAGAAAAGAAUCGACAGCGACUUCAAGGACGAGCUUCAGGAGAAUCUCGCCCAUCAGCUCAAGCGCGACCUCUACCUUGAGCUUAAGCACGAUCUCAAGUACGAACUGAAGCAUGAGAUCAAGAGCGAGAUCAUGAAUGAGGCAAAGGGCGAUGCUAUUGCAUCCCUCAAAUGCGUUCUCGAGGCCGAAAUCAAGGAGGAGAUCAAGGGCGAGCUGUCCGAUGACAUCCAGAAGGCUCUUGAGGACAAGACCCUGGAAUUCUCAAAGCAGAUGCAGAUAAUGAUUCAGGUGGAGGUUCACAAGGCUGUCGCGGCUCAGGUCAAGAGCCUUCAACCCAAAUUUCGAAUGGACGUCUCCAAGGAUUUGAAGCGAGAGAUGGGAAACGAAGUUGCCCAGGAUAUGAGGGAUUAUGCUGAGGAUUCCGUCAAGGAGCAAGUUCGACAUCAAGACCAGAUGAGAAGAGAGAUACCGAGAGCGAACGACUUCGUCAAGAAGUCUAAGAAGGCUGCAAAGAAGAAUGCGCAUGUCGUGGGUGGUACGUCUGCUGGUGGCGGUGUAGACGAUGAGGUUCUCGCGUCUUCUACAGUUGGCGAUUGCUCGCCUAGCUAG